GAAGAGGGGAGAGGGGGCGCCUACUACCUCCCCCACUUAGAAGCAAACGCGCUCACCAACAACAACAACACACACAACAACUUCGCACCGCAGAGCGCGCGCGCGUGUGUGCGUGUAACUCUCAACUCUUUUACGCUGUAACUAUAAAAAUAAACACGUCCUACACGCUCGAAGCCACGACUCGAUGGCAACUCGCAGCGUACUUUGUUUUGGUGUUGGUGAGAAGCUGCGUGCGUUUUGGUGUCCGUUUUUUACCGUGCUUUGAUUUUCCCCAUGGCUACGGGGGAGGGGGGAGGAACGCAAAAGGGAUGCACCACCGUCAAUUAUUUAGAUGCGAGAGGAGGGGGGGCAGGCAGAAGCUGACUGCAGCUGCUGUUGAUGCUGGCACCACGUCGUUGUAAGAGAACACCGGACACCCCCCCGUGUCCCUGCCAUAAUUGGUCUCUUCCAAGAGAGGGCCGGACCCUGGUAGCCUGCCAGGUGACGUCACUGCGCUGGGCCCCAUUGGCUGCGAAAGCGAGCGGGGAGGGCUUCGUUUUUCAAAACGGCAUCCUGGGGCGCAACAAGCGAAUAAGAGACCCAGACCAUCGACGCGAAGCGGGGUAGGGAAAGGCAAAAGCUCGCCCGACGGAGAAGCGGCUUGCCGCGCUGUAUGAGCUCGGGGGCGGCAGGAUGUUGUCGGCCAGGGCCACGGCGGCGGAGAAGGUGGACGGCUUCAGCCGGCGCUCCCUGCGGACGGCCGGACGCGCUCGACGCUCGCAGGGAUUAUCGCAGAUUCGCACGCGAGCUCACCUCGCCCCGCUGCCCGCGCUCGCGGACACCCCCGCGUCGGAGCAGGAGGAGCUAUUCUGCAAGAAGCUGCAGCAGUGCUGCGUCAUCUUCGACUUCCUGGACUCCGUGUCAGACCUCAAGGGCAAAGAAAUUAAGCUCGCUGCGCUGAACGAGCUGGUGGACUACAUCACGGCAGGGCGUGGGGUGCUCACAGAGUCCGUCUACACGGAUAUCAUCCGCAUGGUGGCGUACAACAUCUUCAGAAUCCUGCCGCCAAGUGAGAAUCCAGAGUUUGACCCAGAGGAGGAUGAACCUACGCUGGAAGCGUCCUGGCCUCACUUGCAGAUCGUCUAUGAAUUUUUUAUAAGUUUUUUGGAACAGCAGGAGUUCCAUCCCAGCAUUGCCAAGAAAUACAUAGGCAAGAAGUUUGCACUGCAGCUGCUGGAGCUGUUUGACAGUGAGGACCCACGUGAGCGGGAUUUCCUCAGGACGGUCCUGCACAGGAUCUAUGGGAAGUUGUUGGGCCUUCGGGCCUUUAUCCGCACGCAGAUCAACAACAUUUUAUUACGGUAUAUAUAUGAAACGGAGCGGUUCAAUGGCGUGGGAGAAAUUCUGGAGAUUUUGGGAAGCAUAAUCGAUGGAUUUGCUCUGCCGCUUAAGACCGAGCACAAGCAGUUUCUGGUGCGGGUCCUUCUCCCACUACACACCGCCAGGGGCCUCUCCAUCUUCCAUGCCCAGUUGGCGUACUGCGUGAUGCUGUUUUUGGAGAAAGAUGCCACCCUCGCCGAGAUUGUUGUGAGGGGACUGUUGAAGUACUGGCCAAAGACCUGCAGCCAAAAGGAGGUGAUGUUUCUGGGCGAGGUGGAGGAGGUCCUGGACGUUAUUGAGCCGACGCAGUUCGUGAAGAUCCAGGAGCCGCUUUUCAAGCAGAUAUCUCGCUGUGUGGCUAGUCCACAUUUGCACGUGGCGGAGCACGCCCUUUACUACUGGAACAACAAGUACAUCCUGAGUCUCAUCGAGGAGAACUCCAACGUCAUCCUUCCCAUCAUGUUUGGCAACCUGUACAAGAUGUCCGAAGAGCACUGGAACCAGACGAUCUUAGGUUUGAAUUUCAACGUGAUGAAGACUAUGAUGGACAUGAACUGCGAACUGUUUGGCGAACUGACGGAGUCCUACAACAACGAGCGGCAGCGUGAAAAGAAAAAGGAAGAGGAGAGGGAGGAGUUGUGGAAGAAGUUGGAGGAUCUUGAACUGAAGAAUUUUCAAAACAAUAUCCUGGUCAAAUAAUGGUUUGUUAUUUUUCAUGCAAAUUUCCGUGAUUUAGUUUCAGCUGAAAUACAUUUGCAGAAUUCUCUCUUGUGUGAAGCAGUCGACUAUUAAAGCCUCUUGAAAGUUUCAAGAGGAAGUGAAGAUGUUGACCGUGAAUUAUGUCAAAUACUGAAGAAUAUUCUCUUCUCAGCUUUAAAGACAGCAGUAUAAAGCCGCACAUGUUCAACGCAGACAAGGAGCAGCAUCACCAAACAGAAUAUUACUGCAAAUCACCACUCCUAACGGUAGCAACGAUAAUAUUGGUUUACAUUUAAUCUUUUUAAAAAGUUCAAACAAAUAUAAACAACCUAAAACAGAAAAUGAAGGAAUCUUGCUGAAAAUGUUUCUGAGAAACCCAUGUAAAAAAAACCCUGAACGCAGUAACCAUCCGUUUCAAAAGAAGCCGCCACCAUGUUUUACGUUUACAGGAUUCAUGGGACUUGUGCUUGCAAAUGCGUUUACCGUGUGGACUAAGGAAUCGAGCACAACUUUUACAAAGUGCGCGUGUCGCUGUAGAGUCACAAGCCUCUACGUGUUCGCUACCGGGGCAAUUCUUCAAAUGGACACAGAUAUAUAUAAAAUAAGAUUAUACACACAAUAGCUACAACUACUGCAUUGACACAAUUUGUGGAGCGCUUGAAUGUUGCUCGUAUGUGCGUGGACCCCUGAAACGAUGGAGACUACUGCUUAUGUAUAUGUUACAGAGGUUACAAAUAAAAUCCAGUUGAGAUAUGUUUGAGAUAUGAUUCGAAUACAAUAUAUAAAUAUAUAAAAUUAUGUUUUGAGCUCUGAGGAUCUUAAGUGACCAGAGUUUUGAAUCAUUCCGUGGGUGUUCUGUAAGUUUUGCGAAUGCAUCGUCCGUCUGCUGUGCUAAUUAAACGUUAGGGCUUAUAAAGCCAGUGAGCAGUAUUUAACACACAAUAGUAACAAAUUUAAACCUUGAAGUGCGCUUUUUCUCCGAGUACAAUCGUAGGCGUGAAAUGUGUGGGAUGGAGCGCGUUGUUGGCCACCCUCUAGAUCCAUUAACUAUUAAUAUUAUUACUAAUGAAUGUAAAAAAGAGCUUGUGUGUGUGCACAGUGAUCACUGUUAAGGUAUUUCUAUAUUACCUAAUGAAAUUGCAUACUUCAGCCAGAUGACAUUGUAUAUUAUAAUAAACACUGUAGUUUUUGUUUAUAGCCAUUUUAAAAUGUAUAAUGCUCAUGAUACUUUUUUCUGUUGCAGUUUGAAGGUGCCUUAUUUGUUUUUAUUUAGUUUCCAUUUAAUUAAAUUAACAACUUUUGGUUAACUUAAAGCAAGGUGACUCGGCUUAUUUUUUGGCAGCUUUUGAGUGCUUUACUCCCAAGUUGCUGACGUCACGGAUAGGUUUAUUUAUUUUGAGAUGUAUGUUUAUGGCAAAGCGAAUUAAGGAAUGUCUGAGCUGAAGUGAAGACACUUUGUUAACACACUGACUAACCAGGGGUUCCUGUACUUCUGUUUGUAUGGUAACCGGGUUAUAAUUUAACAUUUCUCAAAUCUCCUUCACGAUAAAAGAUUCAACACCAUCACA